UUUCCUGUUUGGCGACCUCCCCUCCCCCGUGUCUGCAGCUCGCCAACACUCCCAGGUCGGCGCGUUAUGAAAGGGUUCUGGAGGCGCUAAACAACAACAACAGCCUGUUCAUGUCGGGGAAGGAGGUAAAGAAAAAGAAGCACUUGUUCGGGCUGAGGAUCCGUUUCCCUCCCGCUCCCCCCAACUCUGAUGAGCCAACCAGCAGAGGGAUGGACAGGGCUUCAAACGAGAGCUCCACAAAGGCCCUACCUGGCAUGAGACCUUGCGCUAGUUUUACCAAUGGGACAGAGAAGAAGAAAAAGAAGAGGAAGAGAAAGCAAGGACCACAGCGCAGUGAGCUCUUCUCCCAAGAAGUGAGAAAGCCUCUACCACUAGAACCCCACCCAAUGGGUCACUUGACCUCUAUCAAGAGUGAGAUGUCUCUGCUGUCUUCAAGUACCUCAGAUAUGGAGUCCAUAGAAGCCCUGAGCACCACAGAAACUACCUCAACUAGCAUUUCAAGACAGUCCAGCCUCUGUAGCUCCAGCAAGCCGCGGCCCACAGCCUGUGCCAUGCCCGUUUCCGCCCCACCCUUAAAGAGGAAACGCGGGCGGCCCCGACGGGCCCUGCAGCCCCCCAACCCAGAGACCCCCCCUCCUAGCCAUGCAGAGCUAGACCCUGCAGCCACGGAGAUGCCGAGCCCGCUGCCGGGGCUUCACUCCACUGACAUAGUGCACGGCAUGGACCCCAACAGCCAGCUGACCCACCUGAAGAGCUCCAUCAGCAGCUACUUCGGAGCCGCGGGGCGGCUGGCCUGCGGGGAGAAAUACAAAGUCCUGGCACGCCGGGUCACCCUGGAUGGAAAGGUGCAGUACCUGGUGGAGUGGGAAGGAGUCACCGCCUCCUAGACUUCAGCAUCUCUCCUCUGACCAGCGCCUGCAGGAGGGGUCAGCUGUGCUAAGGACAUGUGAACACAGCCUGUAUUCAGAGCAUUAACUGACAAAUGCCUUUGUUUAGUUUAGACGGGAGCAAGAUGAGCUAACUGCCUACUGGUUCAGUGCACAUUUCAACAUGUGUUUAAAGGUUACAAUUCUAGGAUCGAGUCAGGGUACUGUCAUUACAUCACAUUUGAAAGUUUACAGCGUCCCCCUUUAUUCAGUCCAAAAUAAUUGAUCAGUGCACUGCACCUUGCAGGCUUUCAGUGAAUCGUUAUUGUACUUAAUUUCAAAUCCAGUUAUAUGCUCUCCAUUUCCAUACCAGUUCAGUAUCAACUAUCUUUUUUUGCCAGAAUGUAGUUAAUCACUCGUUUAAAGGUUAUAAUCUUGGAGGAAGAGGGGACACUUUUCACACAUUUUACUACUGCAAACAAGAAAUGAACAAUUAUAUUUGAUGGUUAACAUUGAUUCUUUUACCAUUUGGGUAAAUAAAAACUUGUUCCCUUACAACAGCAUCCCCUCCUGUAGUCGCGGCUACGAGUAGCGACUUGUUUCUUUGGGCCUUCAGUUGUGUUUUGGAAAGUGUUCAGGAGGAGCUCAAGACACAAGACAUGUGCUGCUGCAAACGUUUUAUUUUAUAUAGAAGUAUACUACAUUUUUUAUUACCUUUUUCCUCUUGUGUUUUAUAAUAUGCUUUUAUUUCCAUUCAGCAUUUUCCUCAUUUCAAAGUACAGAUUGCAUAUAGAAUUAUAGUCUGUUAUCUCAUUUUGAACUGCUUAUUUGAGCUGCAAUGCCUCAUCAUUUUAUCCACGGUAAAGCUCUUGAAAUCCCUUUUUGAUGUUGGUUGAAUCUCCCAGUUAAAAUUUAAAUAUAAGAUUCUGUGCAUAAAUGGUGGCCAAAACCCAGAGGGCUUUGAGUAAAUACUUUGUUAUAAGAUUUAUUGUUUGAGAGGCUCCACUGCCUUAGUUUAACUGCGUAACCUUAAAACAUGUUGAUAUUGAUUCAAAUGAAUGUUGACUGAAAUAUUUAAGGACCUAUUUAGUUUUUCUCCUCCUUUUUAAUAAAUUAAUAAAUGGCUGCAUAUCAAGAAUGUUCACUCAGCUCCAAAACCUAGAGUUCAGAAAUGGUUUGUUUUGUGCUGCCUAUGCAAGUUAGUCCUGGAUAAACAUAGAACCAUACUAAGAGGUGCAUUAUUGUUACGAUUACUCUUGGAUUUUUACAUUUAAUUCACCUACUAAUUUAUACACUCAGGAUGUGCCCAAAAGCUAUACUGUAUUGCAAAAGCCUGCAUUUGCAGCGCGAUGGGGAAAUAUUCACUCUGUAUUGUUGAUCAGUGUUUUUACAUCAGCUCCUCUGUUUGUAGUACAAUACGUUGGACCGUAUGUAUGUAAUCUUUUUCUUUCUUAGCUUUUUUCUGCUUGUUUAAUCAGAGUCACAAAACAAUCACUGGAAAACUAACAUGCUGUGUCAUUUCAUGAGGUUCAUAUUCAGUUAAGCUGUCUUUAUUUUUGAGAUAUUUUUUUGUUAACAUGGACAGAGCUUUUUGACAUUCAUACCUCUUCUUUGUACGGAUGUAGUCGGUGCAUGUGGAGCUUCUCCUCUGUUCAGCCAGUGUCUCAGCCACAGACUGUUUAAAGAAACGUAUACAGUCUCUGCUCUCAUGUUGCUACCACUGGCUUCCAGCAGGCUUCUUUAGCCAAAGAAUAAUCAUGUUACGUCUGCUUUGUCUCUUGAGAUUCUUAUUAUUACAUUUUUAUACAUGAUUAUAUAGGUUGACAUGUUACUUCUGAACCUGUUUAGUUAAAGGUUGAAUAAAAGCCCAUAUUU